CUAAUCCUGGCUUCGUUUCAUCUUCCAAGUUUCGAUAAUGAUCAAGCAGACUAAUUAUCCAACUCAAGAGAAAACCCGAUACUUUAUGCUGUGUACCUACUCGUUGCUGAUAGUGAAACUGUAUGUAGUGUGAAGUUGUCACUGGUGAAGUAAUUGAGGAGUUCGGGAAGGGGUUAUGGUCAAUAAACGCAACCACGUCGCACGCAGCCUGUCGGCGACCCUGUUGGCCUCUUAAAAAAGCGCAGGCGGUGAACCAAAUUCUUACAUGUCGGUUGUGCUUUUAGGGUUGCGCGUUUGUCUCAAAAACUAGGUGAUGGUGCAGUAAUUCCGUUGCAUGACCGGGAUUAAACGGCGGUGCGAAACUGAAUGGAGAUCUAUGGAUAAAAGGAAGAUGAUCGUCGUUGCAUACGGAGGACGGUGAGGCUAUCAUCAAGUUCAAGGGAUUGGCUGAGUUUUGUCAGCCAUUGUUGUGAUUGUGGUGGAAAACUCGACGCCGAAGAAUCGGAGUCAGGAGACGGUUGUUGUCGUGUUGGCGCGCAGGUGCUGUGUGUGGUAAGGGCGAUGCGAGCUAAUAGGAGAGACAAACCAAUGUCCGAAACCAUUGAAGAACGGGCACUGAGAUUAUACUCCACAGCAGAGAGGAUGAAGAACGCCAGGACUAAAGAGACCGAGGAACAGGCAGCUCUGAGGAGGAUGCAAGAGGCUCAACGAAUGGCUCGCCAUCGGGCUAAAAAGAAGAGGUGUCUCGAUGAAAACUUAGCUAGAGAAAUAUCUAAGAUAGCUGAACUCUCAAAAAUCCCAGACGCAGCUACCAUUGCUCAGAUGUCCGAAAUGAACAUGAAUAAAAUAUCUGCAGAACUUAAGCAGAUGAUGGAAAGAGGUAAGGUGCCAGAGCACAUUGUCCAAAUGGCUCAGCUUGCUGAAUUUAGCAAGAUGACUGAGCUUAAUAAAAUCUCAACGGAUAUGGCAAAGAGAUACGAGAUUGAAAAGAUGGCAGAGUAUGCAAAAACUGCUGAAUACAUGAAAAUGCAAGAAAUAGCGAAGAUGAGUGAAAUGGUUAAGCUGUCAGAGAUGGCUAAGUAUAACGACAUAAACAAGAUGAAUGAAAUUGCUAAGAUGAAUGAGAUGAUGAAAAUGUCUCAAAUGGCCAAGAUUAACGAGGUUCAGAGGAUGAACGAGAUAGCUAAGCUCAAUGAAAUGGUAAAAAUGACCGAAAUGGCAAAGUACAAUAAUGAUAUUGCAAAACUAACAGAGAUCGCACAGAUUAAUGAAGUUGCCAAGGAAAUAGCAAAGAUGAAUGAAAAAACAAAAAUGAAUGAAAUGAUUAAGCUGGCUAAUGUUCAAAAUGAUGUAACAAAAAUGCCAGAAUAUUCAAAAAUGGCUGAGAUGGCUAAGCUCACAGAACUUGCCAAGCUUAAUGAAAUAACUAUUACCAAGUUGAACGAUCCAACCCCACCCAAAAUGCACGAUAUCCCUCGUAUUCCAGAGCCUGUAAUCACCGUACCAAAUCCACGCAACCUGCAGAAUGUCCAAACUGUACAAACUGCACAAGCGAGUCCAUCAAGUACCAUAAACUUUCCAUCUGUGCCAGGACAAGGAAAAUAUGCACAGCUUCUGGUGAUCAUAGAGGAGCUAGGAAGAGAUAUUCGCCUUUCAUAUGCUGGGAGUCGGAGCGCUGCUGAACGUCUUAAAAUGGGAAUUCAACACGCCAGAAUUCUUGUACGGGAAUGCCUCUUAGAAACCGAGCAUAACGCUAGGCAAUAAUGAGGCAGAAGUGGUAACUGAUUCUGGUUACUUCUUCGGGAGUAACUUACAAUACCCGUACUUCAUUGGGUGCAAAAUAACUGCGGUUUAGUUUCAUAUAUUUUGCUCUUUAAGGGAAUGUAAUUUUUAUCGAGGUCACAGGCGUGUUCCUGUUUAAGCUGAUAUCUUGGUGUAAUGCUCAGGAUUGUGCCCUCUGGAAUUAAUUGUAUUCAGUUUUACGUGAACAUAUAGAUAAAUUGUUAUCCUUUUAUAUGAUAUUUCAAGACAAGGGGUCUGAAAGUACAGACUAGUAUCUAAGAGUAUACAAAAAUAUGAGGUUGAAGUUAACAACGUUAACACAACAAGAUAUUAGGAAAAAAAAUAUACUCUAAUGUAGAUCAGAGAUAUUUUAAGAACAGCAGAAUACAGUGCAUAAUUAUUUGUAAUGAUACAAACAUGUAUAAAUUGAUUAUACAAAAUUUUAUUAUACUGAAGUAACAUAAAAAAAUAUGUUUUAAUUAAUAUUUGUUGUAUUAAUGGUAUGAAGUUCAACCCUAUCAGAAAAUAUGCGUAACAUGUGAAAAAACUCGUUUUGAAAAUAAUCCUGAAAUACUCCUUCCAAUCACAGACAUAUGGCUUACAUGAAUUGCAUGUAUUGCAAAAAAAAAAUGGAGUCUCAUGAAUGGACUCAUUUCAAAAGAGACUUGGACAACUGGCGACCUUUUACAUUAUACAACAUGCGCAUAUAUGUAUAACAUUAUACAUCUCAACAGGCCAUUUAUGUUACCCAAUUUUAUGUGAGUAUCCCUACGAAAACUUAUUGAUUGCUAAAUUUGAACGGUUUAAGUUAUGUAAAGAAAUCUGAAAUUAGGUAGAUUUGAACCUGUUGUGUUGAAAUACUUUCUGGGAGCUAAAUGUAUAUAUUUGGCUGUAGAAGUACCAGCUUAUACUUUUUAGCAUACCGUUCUUACUCUGGAAAGGGAAAAAAUAAUAGACAUCCCAUUAGUUCAGUACGUAUAAAGUGUUUCAUAUACAAAAUUUAUGUAUCCAUAUGAAAUAGAAAUUUAAGCUAUUCAAUAAUAAACCUACUGAUUUUCUA